UGGGGUUCGAAUAUUUACAACACAGUGGCACGUGUGUGGAGACGUUCUCGGGCUCGGACUCCUCACAUUUAUUUAUAUAUAUACAAGAAGCAUUAAGCCUUUACGGUACAGCCUGAGUAAUGGGAAAGAAGAGGAAGCAUGAGGAAGGGGAGGAGGUAGAAGAAGAGGGUGAGGAGUCUUCCCAGCGCCAGCAGACGCCAGCUCACGUCAGGAACCAAGACAAGCGUCUCAUUGUCAUCCUGGAGAGAGCAAACCUAGAGAGUGUGAAGAAUGGUAAAGGUUAUGAGCUCCUUAACUGUGAUGACCACAUGGGACUGAUGAAAAAGUACAACAAAAACCCUGCCAACUACCGCCCAGAUAUUCUUCAUCAGUGCCUCCUCAUGUUGCAGGAUUCUCCACUUAACCAGUCUGGUAAACUCCAGGUUUACAUCCACACAGAAAAAAAUGUCCUGAUCGAGGUGAAUCCACAAUGCAGGAUACCAAGAACAUUCAAAAGAUUUGCAGGUCUUAUGGUUCAACUUUUGCACAAACUGAGUGUUCGAGCAUCGGAUGGAAAUAUGAAGUUAUUAAAGGUAAUACGUAAUCCUGUCACGGACCACCUUCCUCCUGGCUGCCACAAGAUAGGCACUUCAUUUACGGCAAAUAAAUUUGUAAAUCCUCGAGAGCUUGUUCCUGCCAAAGAACCAAUCGUAGUUGUUAUUGGUGCUAUGGCUCAUGGAAAGGUGGAAGCAGAUUAUGUAGAAGAAGAGGUUUCCUUCUCCAGGUACCACCUUUCUGCAGCCUUAGCUUGUGCCAAGCUGUGUUCAGGAUUUGAGGAGGUAUGGGAUAUCAAGUGAAGUAUUAUAAUCAUUAUUGCAAUUUUGAAGGGAAAAAUGUAUAUACAGUACCUUGUUUUUCUAGAAAAUUAAUGCUCGUGCAGAAUUUCCUGUUGAAUGUGAACUAAUCAAAUACCAUUGUUAGAGUUUCAAAUUCUUAUGAUUUUAGAACUGUUCAUUAAUAACUAUGAUAUUUUUGAGGUAUUACAAACAAAUCAAUAAAGAAAAUUAUGAAUAA